AAAGGUUUUGGAAUGCUUAACUGUGCAUUUUUGCUGUUGAUUAUUUAUCUAAUUCACAAAGAUAUAUUGUUCAAAGAUUUCUCAAUCAACAUUUCAUUUAUUGCUAUUUGAAUGCAAUUCUUUUAAAAGCCUUCAGGCCUGUCCUGCGACUUUGCAUGAAGGAAAUGCUUUCUAUUGCUCCUUGGGGCGUGGGGCGGAGACACAAACAGAAACUCGAAAGAAUCAGGAAUGAGGUAACUUGACUUAAGUCACACACAUCUUACAAAGGAGCCAAAGAACACGUUCAAGUGACUGGGCUCCAAUUUGAAUGGGACCUGUCGUGAUGGGACAAUUGCCUGCAAAGGCCCUUUUCAUCUUAAGAAAGAAAAAGAGAUCAACUUAAACAACCAUUUUGGAUUACUGGACAGAUUUGGAAUUGAAUGGAAGACACCUUGUUUAUUUAGCCAUCUUGUGUUCAAUAUCACAGUCUCCUCAGUCUGCCGUGUUUGUGAGUUCCAAUCUCUUGUUAGGUUUAUCAGCUGAGUGUGUGUGUGUGUGUGUCUGUGUGUAUGCUUGUGAUUCAGGGUAUGUAGGUGUGGUGAUACAUAGCCUAGUAUUCAGGUGAAUGGCUCAGCUUGGCCAUGCGUCAAACUCACAGGCCCUGUUGCAGUCCAUGCUUCAGAAGCUGCAGCUUCAGGAGCAGAGGUCUGACCAAGGCCGCUUGACCCCCUCCGAGGAUGUCUCAUCCAGGAUUUCGCAGGACAUGCUUGUCGUGGGUGGUGGUGGUAGUGUGGCAGGAGAGAUGUUGACUGGUGGUACUCUGGAUAACAAUCCGCAAACACUUCGCUCAAGAUGGGCCGGCUUUCGCAAAGGUUCCACAAAGAGUUUGGAAGGAAACACUAAAGAAAACACGGGACAGAAGGGCAGUCUGACAUUUUCCGACAUUGAGAACAUUCCGAAAUGGGAUAGAAAGCAGCUUAGGUUUUCUGCGGUGGCCGAUAGGAUCUCUGAGAGAAAAAAUGGCCACACUGAUGAAGCACAGGGUCACCUCCAACCAUCUCAGAGCACUCAGAGCAACACAUCAUCACCACAGGGUGGGACGACAACAACAGACAGCCCAGGGUUUCCUGGUGAACCUUUAACUCUGCCAAGCCCCGGCUGUGUGAUGACAGCCAGUGAACACGCCAGACGGGACAGCGUAACCACAGUCGACACAGACAAUGUCUCCCUCACAGAUAGUCUCAGCCGAAAUACUGCCGAUGUACAAGUUGGUAGAGGCAAAGUGAGGAAAAACAAGAGGAAGUGGAAUGAAACCAAAACCAAGAGUAUCACCCAGAAGAUCAAGGACAAGUGGAGUAACAGACAUCCAAGUGCAGAGAAGCAAAACAACAAGGUCAUAGAGAAGCAUACCACAGAGGAGCAAGUGCCUCCUACGGCAUCCAGUGUUACACAAGAAAAUGGGCUUCUUCCUUCACCUGUUGGAGAGGUGCAAAGCGAAGGCACUCUUGGUGCCCAAGGUUACGACAGGUAAAUCCUUCUCAGUUCAUGACAUUUGACAACACCUGCGGGGAAGAAUGGAGUGUGUGCACAUAUAAGGCAAGGAUGU